AUGUCCCACCACCCUAGGACUGAGAAGGGCGGAGCAGCAACUGGAGUGGAUGCCAUCUGCACUUACCAUCCUGACCCCAUGGGCCGCAGGCUAAACAGAGUAGAACUGUACCAGGAACUGAAUCAGCUGACCCACGGUGUCACCUGGCUGGGCACCUACACCCUGGACAGAGACAGUCUCUACAUCAAUGGUUAUAACCAUCAGUACUGGACCCCUACCACCAGCACUCCAGUGACUUCUACAUUCUCUCCAGAAUCUUCCACAACUCUGUCCCCCAUCCUCAGCUCUACAGCACCGGUCCCUUUCCUGGUGCCGUUCACCCUCAACUUCACCAUAACCAACCUGCACUACGAACAGGACAUGCAGCGUCCAGACUCUUGGAAAUUCACCUCCACAGAGAGGAUCCUGCAGGGUCUGCUCAAACCCCUGUUCAAGAAUAGCAGUCUGGGAUCCCUCUAUUCAGGCUGCAGACUAGCCUCGCUCAGGCCUGAGAAGGAUGGGGCAGCCACCAGAGUGGAUGCCAUGUGUAUGCAUCGCCCCGACCCUGAAGGCCCUGGACUGGACAGAGAGCAGCUGUACUGGGAGCUGAGCCAGCUGACCCAUGGCAUUGCCCUGCUGGGCCACUACACCCUGGACAGGAACAGUCUCUGUGUCAAUGGUUACACACAUCAGGUCCUGACCUCCACCCCCAGCAGUGAGUAG